AUGGUCGAAGUGUUAGAGGAAAGCAGCAUCACUGAAAAGGAGCAGGUAAACUGUGUUGGGAGUCAGAGAGCCUGGUUCUCAGACAUCUUGGCGUACAAACUUCAUGGCUCGCUGCCCGAUGAUGAGGUACAAGCUAAAAAGGUGAAGAAAGAUGCAAAUUGGUAUGUAGUGAUGAAUGGAGAGCUCAACAAGAAAGGCUUCUCAAAGCCACUGCUGAGCUGUAUUCUAGAAUGGGAGCAGGAGGGCAUUAUGGAAGAAGCCCACUCCGGAAUAUGUGCCAACCAUAUCGGCGGGAAAGCAUUGGGAGUAGAGGUCCUUAGAAGAGGAGCAUAUUGGCCAACUCUCACAUUCGGGGUGCCACAAUGCAUAGCCUUUGAUCAUGGGUGCCAAUUUGACUGCGACACUAUAAAGGACUACCUAGGGGAUUUGGGCACCAAGUAUGCAAGUGCCUCAGUCUGCCACCCGCAGAGCAAUGGCCAAGCAGAAGCAGCAAACAAGCUGAUCCUAACAGCCCUACAGAAGAAGCUGGAGGAGUACAAGGGCCUGUGGGCGGACUUAGUCCCAGAGGUCUUGUGGGCAAAUAGGACCACUAAGAAGGAGUCAACCGGUAAAAGCCCAUUCACCCUGGCCUACGGGGUUGAUGCAGUCGUCCUAGCUUGA